AUGGCGGGACGAGAAGCCGGGCUACCCCAGAGGCUUCGCGGGAGGAACAGGCUUCGGAGGAGCGUCGCUCUAGCGCGCUGGAGUUGA